UUUACAACUAAUUUUCUUAGUAAAUCAGUAAACAUAACGAUAACAGUUUAUGUUAAAAACCGGAAAAACUCUUCUAAAAUGGAAAAUUCAAACGAUAAUGAUUGCUUUGAAAUUCCAGUAAAAACCGAGUUAAUCGAUGUAGACAACAAUGAACAUUCCGAUUACGAAGAAGUCGAAAAAAAAGAACAAGUAACCGACGAUGAAGAUUAUGAAGAUGACCAACCAAGUGAUGACUCCGACAGCUCAUAUGAACUUCCAAAGAAAAGAAAACGACGAAAAUCUCGAACAAGUGAAUAUCGCUGUACAAUGUGUAGUAAAAAGUUUACAACAAAAGCUAGCUUAAAAUUUCAUGAAAUGCGACACCGUGGCGAAAAACCAUUUAAAUGUAAUAAAUGUGACAAAAGUUUCUUAACAAAAUCACUUUUAACACGACAUGCUCCAGUACAUACCGGGAAACGAGCCUAUAAGUGUGAUGAGUGUUCAAAAACUUUCAAAUACAGUGCGCAUUUAAGUUUUCAUCAAGAAUCUCACAUAGAAAAUACACCAGAUUUAAAACCGCAUAAAUGUUCGUAUUGUUCGAAAAUCUUUGCUAAAGCGGGAAAUUUACGAACUCACGAACAUCAACACAAGAAAAAAAAUGCACAUAAAUGUAAUUUAUGUCCAAAAACUUUUAGUGCUCCCGAAGGAUUACGGAACCAUUUGAUAACGCAUACAGGAAUUAAACGAUUUAAGUGUGACCAAUGCGAUAAGCGAUUCUUUUUGAAACGUUUAUUAGAAUCGCAUAAAUUGAUCCAUAGUGAAGUUAAACAAUUUCAUUGUUCAAAGUGUGAUAAAGCUUUUACUCAUCGUGCAAGUUUAAAAUACCAUGAAAAUCAGACCCACAAUCGACCGUAUAAAUGUGAUCAAUGCGAUAAAUCAUAUUCCCAUAAACAAUUAUUCGAACGACACAAACGAGUCGGACAUUCGUUUGUUUGUAAAUACUGUGAUGGAAAAUUCGGAAAAAAAUCACUUCGUCGUCAUGUUGCUACUGUUCAUAAAGGAGAAAAUCCUUAUAAAUGUUCGUAUUGUGAUGCAGCUUUUCUAAGUCGUAAAGAUUUGAUUGAACAUAAAUUACAAAUGAAAAAGGGGGAUGAUUCUCAUGGGAAAUAUUUAUGUAAGUGGUGUAAGAAAAGUUUUGCAACAAGAGCUGCGUUGCGUGUGCAUAAACGAGUUCAUUUUAAGUGUAAUCUUUGUGGAAAAACAUUCAAAGGAAUUACGGCCUACAAAAAACAUCAAAUAACGCAUACUGAGCAUAGACCGUACGAAUGUAUGUUUUGUGGUCGUAAAUACGUAACCGAAGCUCAAUUAGAUAAACACGAACCAUCUCAUAUCGAAGAGAAACACUUCCAAUGUGAAUUUUGUGAUAAAACUUUCAAAAAAGAAACUGCUUUACAUGAUCAUAAAACGCUACAUACCGGAGAAAAACCAUACGAUUGUGAAAUUUGUGGAAAAUUCUUUCGUUUAUCCACAAACUAUUAUCAACAUCGUAAAAUUCAUAUGAUUUCUGAAGAGAAACGAAGUAUUAAAUGUCAAGUGUGCGAUAGAGUUUAUUUAACGAAACGUGGCUUAAAAGAUCAUAUGCGUAAACAUACUGGUGAUGAAAAACGUUGGCCAUGUAAUAUAUGUGAAAAAACAUUCGUACGGAAAUCAUCGUUACAAGAGCAUGAAGCGAGACAUCAACGUGUGAAAACAUAUCGGGGUGAAAUUGUUAAAAAACAAUUUUUCCAGUUGCAAAAUGCUAAAGUUGAAUAGUUCGCUUUGAGAUAAAUAUAGUUUUUAUAUUGGAAUAAAUAACGUUUUUAAACUUUUGCCGUACCGAGGGUUUUUAUAAUCCUUUUUUAUUAAUUUUUUUUAAAGAUUGUUUUUUAGUAAUUUUUUAUCUUUCGCUCUCGUGAGAGGUACGAAUUCAUAUAAUGGAAGAAAAUAAGAACCGGAAUGGGAA